AUGGAACCAUAUAAUAAAUUAGCACCACCAAUGACACCAUUAAAAACACCUAUACGACCCAUACCACAAUUUUAUGGGUCAAAUUCAACAACACAACCACAAUCAACAAGCAAACCAACACCAGAACAAUAUGCAUUUAAUUCAUCAAUGUUUAGCGAAAAGAAAAAAAAUCAAUAUCAAACUCCUAAAUGUCCUUCACCACCGCUAAAAUCUACACCAGCAAGCAGGCAACUACAAUCCAAUGUACCAUUAAUCCAUCAUAUAUCAUCCCUAUCCAACUUUUCACCUAAUUUAACAGAACUUGUAAAUAAUAAUAAUAAUAAUAACAACAAUAAUAACAAUAGCCAAAAUGAAUUUCAUUGUGGUAGUUUUAACGGAAGCAAUAGUAAUGGUUUUAGUAGCAGUAUAAAUAAUAAAUUAACGACACUAUCCUCACCUGUACACAAUAAUGGUUUUUAUAAUAGUCUCAACUCCAGUAAUAAUAACAGUAAUAUAAUAUCAUUAUUUGAUAAAAAUUUUGAAAUUCAAUCAAAUUUAGGAACUGGUUCCUUUUCAGUAGUAUAUAAAGUAAAAAGCAAAUUUGAUGAUCAACUCUAUGCAGUUAAACAAGCAAGACAUCAAUUUAGAGGUUUUCAAGAAAGAGAGAGAGCAGUCCGUGAAGUUAAAACUGCUGUAUCAUUACCACCCCACCAAAAUGUCCUUCAAUACUAUAGCAGUUGGGAACAAAAUAGUACACUUUAUAUUCAAACUGAACUUUGCGAAAAUGGAUCAUUACAAGAUUUUCUAGAAUCUGUGUCAUCAGUCGAAAAUUUAUUAUUAACUGAAGAAUUAAUUUGGAACUUUUUAUUAGAUAUUUGCUUGGGUAUUCAACAUAUACAUUCAUACAACAUGUUACAUUUAGAUAUUAAACCUGAAAACCUAUAUAUAUCAUCAGAAGGAAAUAUUAAAAUUGGAGAUUUUGGUAUGGCAGUUAAAUUAGAAGUAAAUAAUAAUAUAAAUAACAAUAAUAAUGGCAAUAACAAUAAUAAUAAUAACGGUACAAAUUCAAAUAAUACAUCAAUAGACAGUGAUUAUAAUAAUUUAAGUUUAGAUGAAGAUGAUAUAUUUUUUGAUUUUAUAGAAGGUGAUAGCAGAUAUUUAGCACCCGAAUUUUUAACCAACAAGAAACUAAUUUGCAAACCCUCAGAUAUAUUUUCAGUUGGUGUAACUUUUUUCGAAAUUGUAACUGGUAAAGAGAUGCCCUCCAACGGACAACUAUGGGAAAUGUUAAGAAAUGAUAAAGCCAACGAAUUUUUAGAACCAUCAAAAUACUCUGAUCAAUUGUACACCAUAAUAUGUGAAAUGAUGAAAUCAUUGAUUCAAGAUCGUAUUCAAUUGGAUACAAUACUAUCACAUCAAAAUAUUCAAAUCAUUCAAGAAAAACGAAGAAAGAAUCAAAACUACUGUAAACAAUUAAUAGAACCUUAUUUAAAAUAUCAACAAGAACAAAAAAAUAACAAUAACAACAAUAAUAAUUUAUUUAAUGGUAAUAAUGGCGAAGAUGAAUAUCAUAACAAUAACUAUGAUGAUGAUGACUAUGAUGAUUGUAUCGAUUCAGAAUUUAAUAAUAACAAUAGUAAUAGUAUAAGAGUUAGUAAUCAUAAUAACGGCAACCACUUUUUAAAAUCAAUUUCUUUUGCAAAUACUAUAAACUACUCCCACUCCUCAUCCUCUCUAUUAAGCGAUGAUGAUGACAGUAGUAGAGACUCACCAAUUCACUUUAAUUUAAAUAGCAACCUAACAAAUAGCCUAUUCUCAACAAUACACGAAGAAAACAAUGUAUCAUCAUCACCUUUAACUAUAAAUGCUUUAUCUUCAUCCUCUUCAAAUAUCAAUAACAAUCAGCCAAGAUCCAAUACCCCAAUUAAUAAAUUACUAGUUAAUAAUGUAACAUCGAGCACCAACAAUUUAAAUUCAUCAUUCUAUGGUGUACAAAAUAAUAGCGCAAAUAAUCUUUUAAGUAGCAGUGGUGAAUAUUUAAAUAGUAGCAGUGGUUCAAAGAAAAAACUGGGUAAAAGAGGUUUGGAAAAUAUAAAUAGUUCAAGUUCAAAACUUUUUAUUAAAAAAUCAUUGGAAUCUCAAGAAAAUGAAAAUGUGAGUCCAAGAAAUCUUUUAAGUGUAUGUAUAACUUAUAACUUAUAA